CGCCGCGAUAUUUUCUUUCCGGUGGUUGGCCGCCUGCGCCUCCCAACCCGGGCCCUGCGCCCCCGCCCCGCGGCCCUCGCCGCCGGGCCGCCGCCGCCAUGAAGAAGUUCUUCCAGGAGAUCAAGGCUGACAUCAAGUUCAAGAGCGCGGGGCCCGGCCAGAAGCUCACAGACUCCGCGGGGGAGAAGAACCCCAAAGAAAAGUCACCACAGGUGUCGCUCCGGCAGCCUCGCCAGGGCCCCACUGAUGAGGCGCAGAGGGCUGCGGCUGCUGCCCUAGCCCGGCUGGAACAGAAGCAGCCCCGAGCGCGGGGCCCCACAUCUCAGGACUCCAUCCGGAACCAGGUGAGAAAGGAACUUCAGGCCGAAGCCACCUCCAGCAACAGCCCAGGGGCUCCCGGGACCAACUUGGUACCUGAACCCAAAGAAGAAAUCUCUCCCCACCUGGCAGUGCCUGGUGUGUACUUCAUCUGCCCGCUCACAGGUGUCACCUUGAGGAGGGACCAGCGGGAUGCCCACAUCAAGGCGGCCAUCCUAUCGCACUUCUCCACGGACCCUGUGGCCGCGUCCAUCAUGAAGAUACAUACAUUCAACAGAGACCGGGACCGAGUGAAGCUGGGAGUGGACACUAUUGCCAAGUACCUGGACAACAUCCAUUUGCACCCAGAGGAGGAAAAGUACCAGAAAAUCAAACUGCACAACAAGGUGUUCCAGGAGCGCAUCAACUGCCUGGAGGGGACCCAUGAGUUCUUCGAGGCCAUUGGCUUCAAGAAGUUGACACUGCCUGUGCCAGAUCAGGAGGGCUCCGAGGAGUUCUAUGUGCUGGGUGAGGCUGCACGGGCGCAGCCGCAGAGCCUGGAGCAGUACAAGCAGCAGCUGCUGAGUGCAGAGCCAGUGCGCGCCAUGCUGGACCGGCAGCGCCGCGUCUUCCGCCCCUCGGCUCUGGCCUCGCAUUUCGAGCUCCCUGCCGACUUCUUUAGCCUCACGGCCGAGGAGGUAAAGCGUGAGCAGAGACUCAGAACCGAGGCGGUGGAACGGCUGAGCUCCCUGCGAACCAAGGCCAUGCGCGAGAAGGAGGAGCAGCGGGAGCUGCGCAAGUACACCUACGCCCUACUGCGCGUGCGCCUGCCCGAUGGCUGCCUGCUGCAGGGGACCUUCUAUGCCCGGGAGCGGCUGCCCGUGCUCUUCCAGUUUGUGCGCGAGGUGCUGCAGAACGACUGGCUGCCCUUUGAGCUGCGGGCCUCAGGUGGACAGAAGCUGGUGGAGGACGAGGCCCUGGCCCUCAAUGAGUGUGGGCUGGUACCCUCUGCCCUGCUGACCUUCUCCUGGGAUGCUUCGGUGUUGGAGGACAUGAGGGCCGCAGGAGCGGAGCCGGCCACGUCGGUCUUGAGGCCGGAGUUGCUCGCAGCCAUUGAGCAGCUCUCCUGAAUAAAAGCAGGCUUGGCCCAGCGUGGCGCCGUCUUAUGCUGUCCCCCAAACCCGUUCUCCCCGAGCCCCCGGGAAUAGAAAAGACUCCAGUGGCAGCAGAGUUGAGAACAGGGUCCCAUCUCAAGGAGCCGAGUCCUCUGGGCUGCAGGGACAGGCCUGAGGAGUGGAGCUGCUGGGAGCCCAGCACGGUUGGGAUGGGCACCUCUGGCAGAGUGGGUCUCUAGCAUGGGCACAGGCCUCACGGCUGUGGAUGGAGGCAGCAGGAGGGGCAGGUGCCUGGCAGCAUGGCGCUGUAAUUCCUAAGUUAUGAACCCAAAUAAACAGGCUAUUUAAACCCA